AAAAUAGUUUUCUUUGCUUCCUCGUAGUAGCUAGCAGUAGCUACUAGCUAGUUUACUAUUUCAUAGCUACAAAUUUCUAUUCAUAAAGAGAGGGAGGGAGAGGGGAGCUUUAUUUUAGUGGGAAUGGUAAAGAAAAUGGAGAUGGUGAACCAUCAAAGGCAAAAGAGAGUAAGGAAGGGUAGGGAUUAUCAUAAUCGAAGAGUGAUGCAGAUCGAGGGUGGUGAUAUUGAUUAUGGAUAUGGUUUUGAUGAUGGGACGAUGGAGAUGAUUAAUGGAGGAGGAGUAGAAGAAGAAGUGGGGCAAUUUAGUGCUAACAACAAUAUUAAUGGUAUUGUUAUUAGUAAUGGGAAUGAUAGCGUGUUUGAAUCAACAAGAACAAGUGAGCUUACCAUUGCUUUCGAAGGAGAAGUCUAUGUUUUCCCUGCUGUUACUCCUUCUAAAGUGCAAGCAGUGUUGUUUCUUUUGGGAGAGCCUGAGUCAUCCACUAUUGUGCCAAGCUCGGAAUUUCUGCUUCAACAGAAUGCCAGGAGUGCAGGUGAUGCCUCACAGGGCUUGAAAUUUUCACGAAGAAUUGCCUCCUUGGAAAGGUUUCGUGAAAAGCGGAAGGAGAGAUGCUUUGAAAAGAAAGUUCGGUAUACCUGCCGGAAAGAGGUUGCUCAGAGGAUGCAUCGCAGGAGAGGACAAUUUGCAUCAUUGAACAAUUGUUAUGGCACAGAUAAUGGCAUCUGGGAACCAAGCAAUGGCAUGCGUAAUCCUGAAUUUGAUUUGCUUAGAUGUCAACACUGUGGCAUUUGUGCAAAGGAUACUCCAGCAAUGCGCCGGGGACCAGCUGGUCCAAGAACUCUUUGUAAUGCUUGUGGCCUUAUGUGGGCAAAUAAGGGAACUCUGAGAGAUCUUAACAAAGGGGGACGACAAAUUUCCUUCAAUCAAAAUGAACUGGUAACUCCUGAUUUUAAGCCUUCAACUAUGGAACGAGAAAAUCCUUUUGCCAACCCUGAUGAAGCGGAGAGCCAAGAAGAGAGUAAGCCUGUGCCAUUAGAUUCUGAAAACUCUCUGAGGCCAAAUGAACAGGAUUUGCUAGAAACUGAUGAGAAUGCUCCUGAUCCUUUGCCCAUGCAUGUGGAAAAUUCAUCAAUGAAACUUGAUGAUGAGGACUUUGAGAACACUUUGGAUGAGCUUGGUGACGUUUCAGGUUCAGAAUUUGAAAUCCCGGAGCAUUUUGAUGAUCAGGUUGACAUUGAGGAUUCCAGUACAGGGACCGAGUGGCCUGGAACCUGAGACCAUUCUAUCUGCCUUCCUUGUUAAUCCUUUCUAAGAGCAUCCGGUUUCUUUCCAGGGAUGAAGAUGCAAUUCUUGUUUAUACUAACAUCAGAUGUCUAGAGAUGGUUGUUGUUUAUAGACAAACUUUACUUGUAUUUGAAAGUUGCUGGGCAUUCUCUUUGACACUUUUGUGCAAUUUAUAAUGUGAUUACUGUUCUCCUUUUCCCGUUCUAUUGUAAGGAUGUAACUAAUCGAAUGGAAAUGUGUUGUGGUAAGGCCAGCUUGCCUUCAUGAAGCAUUGAGCUGAUCUGGUUA